AUGACUAUGGCGGAAGCAGGCGAAAGAGUAAGCACGAAAGUUAGAAGCGCAAUCAAGAAACUAAGCACUGCAGCUGAAAAGCAAUUGAAGCUAUACAAUGCUGCUUGCCAUCUGUUGUUGGAGCAUGAAGUCCAGUGGGAGGAUGUCUGUCAUCUGGAGACACGAUUUUGGGAACAGCACCAUAUAGCAGAAAGCAACGACGUCGACGUUCUCAGAGAGAUUAUGAACAUUAAGCGCGCCGAGGAAGAGCUGAUAAUGAUCGAGGACGAAGAAAAGAAUCUGGAAGCAUACGCUGCAGCACGUUAUAGCGCCAUUCAAAAUGCCAUAGAGGCGACGCAUGACGAUGGGUGGCAAGCUAUUCUUGGUGAUCUUUUGGAACAAGCUGAACGUCUCCAAUGUAAUAUCAGAAGCAGCAAACCGCGUACUGUUGGUGAAAUUUCACAGAUCGACAACGACGAACAAUACGGUGACGAUGCGGACGAUGAAUAUGACGAAGACGUUUACUUUGUCCAUGCUGAGACAUAUGAGGAUAUUGAGAAGGAACAUGACGAGCUGAUGUACGAGUAUAUGCCGCCAGUAGAUUAUACUAUGCCUGACAAAGAUAUUUCUCUGCCAGAUGCAGUACUUUCAGAAGAAACACUAUAGAGCCAGCAAUGUAUAUACGCCGUUGUAAAUCAAGAGCUCUUUUAUAAUCCUUAUUAUGCUUACUUAUAAAUUGUAUGUUAUUAGACCUGUUAUGCGAAUAUGAUUUUUUAUUAUGUGUAAUAAGCACCUAUUCUGUUACUUAUUUUCUCAAUACUGCGUUGAGCGUUAAUCCUCAUAAUUUAAAUCA